CUUCGAAAAAAUUCCUAAACCCGUUUGGGUCAUAUCUAAUUAAAUUGGUAGGCCAACUUUGACCCGAAUCGACCCAAGCCCACAAAAAUAAAACGACCUCGUUUAAAACUGACCGUCGAAUGAAGAAGAGUAGCGUAGCGUGUUUUCUCUUCUCCAUCACUCUAGGGUUUGAACUCUGAGCAGAAACAUUGAACAUGCAACUCACCCUUGAAUUCGGUGGGGGGCUAGAGCUUCUCUGUGAUUCAGUGAAGAUUCAUAAUAUCAAUGUUGAUCCCAAAAAUGGAGCAGACAAGUUAACCAUGAAAGACUUGCUUGCUUGGGUUCGCAACAAUUUGAUCAAGGAAAGACCUGAAAUGUUCAUGAAAGGGGAUUCAGUGAGACCUGGCGUUCUUGUGCUCGUGAAUGAUUGUGAUUGGGAGCUUAGUGGCCAGCUUGAUACCACACUGGAAGAGAAGGAUGUUGUUGUUUUUAUUUCAACGUUGCACGGUGGAUAGUUGAUUGUUGCAGCCUUCAGAUUAUAGCUUUAUUUGUGAACUUCACCUCUAAAGAUAAUGUUACGCUAAGAGAGGAUGCAUGAUUUUGGGCAAUGCUUGUUCUAACUUCCUGUAUUCUAUCCCAUAGUUGUUAAUGAAUUAUUAGCACUGGUUAUUGCACUGUAUUGUGUAUUAUGACAAUGAUAAAGGCUUUACUAAAAA